GUGCCGGAUGCCCGUCGCCGGCAUCCGUCGUCGGCAUGGCAACUUCGUCGGGCCGAGACGGCACAACAAAUUGAACAAAUAUGAAUUGCGCCCAAGGUGGCCGCAAUUGUCUGACGCUGAUCGCAAUUUUUUGCGCUACCCUCGCGAGUGCAUUCCACGCGAACAAUGAUGUGCUUGAGUACCGGGGUCCAAGCGCGUGCAAACACGACGAGUACUUCGACGCCGCCUCCCUUUUGUGUUUGCGAUGCAACGCCAGCCGAAAUCUCGUGCCGGCCGCUGACCGCCUGCGAUGUCAGUGCGACGAGUUCAGUGGGACGAUCGGUUUCGAGAACGGCAACCCGCUUUGCGCCGCUUGCGGUACCAACAUGACCGCGACCGCCGAUGGAAAGGAUUGCGUCCAGCGUCCGAAUGCAACAUGCAAAUGCUCCUCGAACCAAAUAAGACUGGAUAGAAAUAUAAAUGGCGCACUGCUGGAUGCUGUGCUCUGCGUAACGUGCAUCCAGGGCACGUAUCCUUCUUCCGAUUGCUCCAAAUGCCUGCCGUGCACCGGCCGCGAGUACAGCGGUCACGUGAAUUGCGUGUGUCCGAGCGCGACGCAUGUGAGACUACGAAAUUAUUGUCUGCACAAAGACGACGUCGCCGACUGGCCGGACAUCAGAAGCACGUACCUGAUCAAGUUCCACAGCGGGCACGUCGACAGUUAUUACCUGAGAAGCGAACUGCAAGUCGCGGUGCAUCUCUGUAAGAGAAAAGACAGGAUGGCGUGCGAGCAUUUGUCGAACAUAUGUGCCCUGACUCUGUACAGCGACGGUAUUGCUUGUAUGCUUUUUAUGCAUACGCCCAUGGCACCCGUGUGGUUGUUUUACAAUAAACAAGAUGCAGCGACGGUGGUGAACAACACGAGGAUAUCCGAGAGAUACAGCCUCAGGAAAGGAGAUAAUAAUACUAUCCUCGAUUUCACGAUCGCGAGAUUCGCAUUGAACGGCAAAUUUCUGUCCAUCGGCAGGCCGGCUUUGCCCUGUCAGUUUCUGAGAAACGUGAGGUUCGGUGUAAAUUUCAGCAAAAAGUGUAAAAUCACUGCCGCUGAAUUGUUCAACGCACAAGUAGAAUUACUGUCUCCUUAUUUAACGUUUAGAGAGGACAAUAAAUCGUUUAUACAUGCUUUACCCGUGAUUGUUAAGUCGCCAGAUCAGAACAUUAAGAAAAUUUCGCAUCAACAAUUGGUGCGAAAGUUCUUUCUGGCCGACAAUAAAAGUGGUUUCAAAGCGUUGCCAGCGUUUAUGUACAGUGGAUUUAUGAGAGCGCCAGAGCUUUCCGUGCUUCGUUAUAUGAAAUCUUUAUUUAUUUUAGUAAACGUCCAGAACGGAAAAGACCACGGCAAAAUCUUUGCGCCUAUUCUGAUCGUGGAGUACGACGAACUAACGAAUCAAGAUCUCCUCGACAACUCCGAAGUCACAAUAAAUUAUAAAGUUGCAUUUGUAUUGAAGGAUAACGAUAUAGACUACAAUGUUCAGAUAACAAUCGGAGUAUUUACGGGAUUAGCAUUGAUAUUCUCAAGUGUCAAGGCGUGGAGUUAUUAUAAACGUAAUCACAACGGCAAUCUUGGCGUAGCCGUCUUAUUGUGGUUCCUGGUGUACGCUAUGGGUGCGAUUGGAAAUGCGAUUACGUUUGUGUGCAUCAGUACGUGCAUGUAUCUGUUCGUCUUUUAUAAAGGACAAACUGUACCAUACAUUCUUCUGCCCGAUGAGGAUAGCGAAGAAAACAUCCGAACGUACAUUAUUGUAGCAUUUAGCUUUAAAGUUGCAGAAAUGAUAGGAUUCAUCUAUCAGCAUUGGAGCUUGAGCGUGUUUUUCAUCGACUGGGAACAACCGAGGAUGAUACAGGAUCAACCGAAGUAUGAUUCUCCACAUACUUCUUUACGAAAAUUAUAUUCCAACCGAUUUCCGAAGGGUAAAUCUGCGAGAGUCACUUCGGACGUCAUCGCGUCCAAGCGAAGGAGAUCGCACAAAACGAAUAGGAACACAAGCCCCAGUGAACUGUCCAAGUCUUCCUCGAUUGAAAAAUACACGCCGGACUUCUCUUCCGUCUGUUCGAUCGCGAGAUCGCCUUUGCAGGAGGCAACCGAGCGCAGCUACACGCACGAUUUUCCGAUCAGCAUUUGGAGAACUUAUUUCAUUGCGAACGAAUGGUGCAAACUGCAAACUAGAAGAAGAAUAAAUAUAGCAUUGCAAUCGAUUUACACUCUGUGUAUCUUACAGAUAUUUAAUUUGGAAUCCUGGAUGCUGGCGAUACCGGAAUCAACCGCGGAUAGAUCACCCGAAGCGGAGAACAAUUUUACGUUGCAAUGUGCGAUCUGCACGUUUGUGUAUAUAUUCGUAUAUCUCAUACAAUGGUUGCUCCGCUUAAUGUUUUACGAGAGAUACAUUAGAAACAGGCUGCAGAAGUUUGUAGAUUUAUGCUCGAUCGCAAACAUCAGUGUGUUCAUUUUGGCGCACAAUUAUUACGGCUUUUACAUCCAUGGAAGAUCAGUACAUGGAUUUGCGGAUACUGAUCUUCCUACUCUGAUAAACGACUUGAAAAAGGAAGAAGACAAUUUGUGCGCGCACAGAGGCCUUGUACCCGGCACGACCGACCAGACUUUUAUAUUAUCAUUGACCCAAUCAUUCAAAACGUUGUACGACGAGCUGAUGAGACAAAAGAACAAUGGAGGCAUAGGAAUUUUAAAAGGAAAUGACACACCUUCUAGAAAUUGGAAACAGUUAUUUGAAACUAAGUCGAAAGUUAAGCUCUUUCUGAUGCAAUUCCUGGAUCAUUGCUCGGAAAAUGAAGAUUAUAUAAUCAAGGAGCAGCACAUAUUCGAGAAACUGUGGGACGUCUUUUUUGUAGAUGCCAAAGACAAAUCCGUCUUUUAUAUUGACAACAAUUAUUCCUUCAACAAAGUGGUGCUUCACGGAAACGAAUGGCUAUUGGCGACGUUCGAGAUCACCAUAUUCGUCUUCUUUUUGGCGCUGUAUAACUCUUACAUUUUCGCCCGUAUAGCGACAGUUGGCAUAUCGCAAUUAUUCUUAACAAUCAUUCGAUGUAACGUUAUGAGAAAUCUCUGCAACAAAUCGUUACUGGACAAGAGAUUUCUGAUGUAACCGCAAAGAUCAAACGUAUAACAGUAGUCAAUUAAACAUCAAGAUACAUUAGUUGC